UGGUGUAUUUCAAGUUUAGUUGCGUACGCUUUCUUAACUUUGACGGACACGUUUUCCUCUCAAGAUAUUAUUCGGUUGGAUAAUUAGGAAAGAAAAACGGUUAAAUAAAUAAGAGAAGCCUUUAAAACGCAGCCGCGUAAAGUUAAUAAAGUUGUUAAAAAAUAUAAAAAAGUAAUCUCACUAAAAUGUCCGCCUAUAUCUUGAGAAACGGUAGUGCCGCAGCAAUUCUAAAAAAAUACUUACCACGUCAACUGAAUAACAACAACUUUGCCAAAUUCAAUGCGUUUCACGAACAAUUUCGCAACUUACACCUAACCCCAUGCCUGGAUAAAGUUAUUUCUUUUAAUCUCAGUGAUAUUGGUGAAGGAAUACGUGAAGUUACCGUUAAGGAAUGGUUCGUCAAAGUCGGAGAUACUGUGGAGCAAUUCGAUAACCUUUGUGAGGUACAAUCCGAUAAGGCAUCCGUAACAAUUACCAGCCGAUAUGAUGGUAAAAUUGUCAAACUCCAUCGCAAAGUUGAUGAGGUAGCUUUGGUGGGCCAUGCUUUGCUUGACUUUGAAGUAGAUGAGGAUGGUUCGGAUAGUUCAGACUCGGAGGAAGAAGUAGCAAAACCCAAAGAUGCUGUUGCCGAUAAAAAGGACUCUGCAGCAGCAGCAAAACCAACUGCCGCUAGUGAUGAAGAUGUGGGACGUCACAUAGCUCUGGCCACACCGGCCGUGCGGCGUAUUGCCAAGGAAAACAAAGUUGAUUUGUCUAAGGUAAAACCAACUGGUAAGAAUGGUCGUGUUUUGAAGGGAGAUGUCAUGGAAUAUCUGGGCAUGGUUCCACCUGGCACCAAUGUGCCUCAUCCUACAAUAGCUGCCAAGAGUGGUGCUGCUGUGGGAAAAAUGGUUGCUCCCGUUCCAGCAGAUCGCGUGGAGCCAUUGAAGGGAGUACGCAGAGCUAUGUUGAAAUCAAUGUCAGAAUCUUUGAAAAUUCCCCAUUUCGCCUAUAGCGAUGAAAUCGAUAUGACCCGUUUGGUACAAUUCCGCGAUCAAUUGAAGGAUGUGGCCCUUGAAAAUGGCAUUGGUAAAUUGACUUUUAUGCCUUUCUGCAUUAAAGCCGCCUCCAUUGCUUUGACCAAAUAUCCCAUUUUGAAUAGUUCCUUGGAUUUGGAAAAUGAGUCGAUUAUCUACAAGGGAGCCCACAACAUUAGUGUGGCCAUUGACACUCCACAGGGCUUGGUGGUGCCCAAUGUCAAGAAUGUUCAGCAGAAGAAUAUCAUUGAAAUAGCCAAAGAUUUGAAUUCGUUAAUUGAAAAAGGACGCAAGGGAACCUUGACACCACAAGAUUUUGUUGAUGGCACAUUCUCUUUGUCAAACAUUGGUGUUAUUGGCGGUACGUACACUCAUCCUUGUAUAAUGGCACCACAGGUGUCCAUAGGAGCCAUGGGUCGCACUAAGGUGGUUCCUCGUUUCAACGAAAAGGAUGAAAUUGUCAAAGCCUAUAUCAUGAGUGUCAGUUGGUCAGCUGAUCAUCGUGUCAUCGAUGGUGUUACCAUGGCUAGUUUCUCCAAUCUAUGGAAGAAAUAUUUGGAAAAUCCUGCUUUAUUUUUAUUGAACUAAACGGAAUGAAUUGAUGGUGAAUGUACUCUUAGAAAGGCUGUAUUGUUGCAUUUAUUUUUUGAAAAAAUAACAAAGUUAAAAAAGUAAAAAACAUAUAUAUUUUUAGUUAGUUGUCCUGCUGCAGGACAGUUUAAUGUGCAUUUAUAGACAUGUAACCAAACAAAAUAUGUUAAAAAACGGUUACAGUUGAUUUUUAUUACAAAAUUUUCCUUUGCCAUGAAAUUUACUCUACUAUAUAUUGGAAUAAGUAUAUACAGAUUUUAAGUAAGAAAUAAAAACAAUUAUUUCCGCAA